GAAUGAGGAAGAAGGAGGUACAAGAGUGAGUCCUGGGCUCAAAUACCUAAAUGAGGGCUGUGCCGCGGAUGGAGAUGUUGAAAGAAGGUCUCAGCCGUGACCUUGAUGGGAAGGCGGUGCUUGGGAAACAGUCUGAGUUCGGUCUGGAUGUUACUGAGCUUCGGCUCACUUGUGACAUUGGGAGGAAAUAUCAAGGACGUGGUUAGAAAUAGGGAGUUCAGAGGAAAGGCCUGGCCUGGGAAUUAGAAAUGAUAAGUGAUGGGUAUCUCGAUAAUGAAGCCCAGGGCAUGAUGAGAUCUGCUGGAGGCGGAGGAGAGCACCAAGGAGAGGGCGCCAGGCUGGAGGGGACGCCCCAGGGCCGGGCACAGGAGAGGACGCACAGAGGUGCUAAGGAGGAGGGAUGGAGGGAGACAGAGUCGGGGGGAGAGGAGAAAGGCAGGAGAUCAUAGUGUCACAGAGCCACAGGGAGGGACUGGAGAAGCCCAGUGUGGUGUCCAGGGUCAGCUGCUUCUGGGGAGGCAGCUAAGAGGAACCUGGCCACAGUCACAGGCUGGCCCUCCUCGGUGGACCUGAAAGCCAGACUGGAGUGGGCCAGGGAUGACCUGGUGGCAGGCUGAGGAGUCCGACUUCGGGAAAUGGAAGACCGAGCUCUUCCCUGCAGUGAAUGGGAGAGCGAGGUCGUCGGUGCUCUGCUGCCGGGCACAUCGAGACCGGUGACUGGGAAGUCACCGCGGACCAGACUGCCUUGCUGAGCCACCUUCCCUCCAGCACUUGGCAGAGAAGGAGCAGACAGAUAUGGUACAGACCAUCCCCCCAGAGCCAAAAAAGAAAACCGAAGUCCAGAGAAGCUAAAACUUGCCCAUGAUGAGCCUCAGAGUGAGAUGUAGUCCAGCCCUGCUCCGUUCCAGAACAACCGGCAUUUCCACCUGCCUCCAGCUCGCCUAGUCCAAAAUGCUCCUGGUGCAUCAGUCUAGCUGGACGGGGCGUGCAGGAGCCAGGCACUCACAGCUAGAGCUAGCAGCCCACCAGCAACGAGACACCUGUCCUCAAGGCUCCUGAGGACGAUGGUCCCAGGCCAGCCUGCUGAAGGACAGCGACACUGCCAGCAAAUGCCUGUGGCUGGGAGUGGGCAGCCACGGCAAGGAAAUGAUCAGUUCAACACAAAAGGGACCAAGAAUAUCUCGAGGGAUCUCUGAGGGAUCAGAGGAUGCCUUUUGAUGGCUGCUAAGAUUGGGACUUUGCAGCCUGGUUCCACUGUCUUCCUUUGUGAACGGGAAGCCUACCAAACAGAAACAGCAAAGAGCGUGGGAGCUGAGAUUUGGGAUUUAAGACCUGACUUUGAAUCCCAGACAGAACACAAACUAGUUGGGUGGCCUGAGGUCAGUGACACAAUGUCUCUGAGGCCUGUUUGCUUGUUUGUAAGCUAAAGACAAUGAUACUACCUGCCUCUCGUUCAUGAGAGCCAAUGAGAUUACAGAGUGAACUGCCCUGUUCACCGUCCAGCCUGUCCCCAUUCUGUCUUGAAUGGGGAGAGCUGUUGCAAGGUCUCGGAUUUGGCGGCCUGACGCUCCGCUCACCUUCCCUCGAUGGUUCUUCCUUCUCUUGCAGACUUAGCUCGUUUCAAAAUGGCAUCAGCCUUUUAUGGAGUUUUCCUCGUUGUCAGCAUCUGCGCUGUAAUCCGCUGCGUGCCCCCACCCGGGACCCCCAGCAAGGGAUCCCUCUGCCCAUCCUCCUCAAGGAGCACUGCCGCCUCCCGGCUGUCCUCCAGCAACACCAACUUUGCCUUCCGCCUGUACCGGAGGCUGGUUUUGAAGACUCCGGACCAGAACGUCUUCUUCUCCCCACUGAGUGUAUCCGCUUCCCUGGCCAUGCUAUCCCUUGGGGCCCGCUCAGCCACCAAGACCCAGAUCCUCCAGAGCCUGGGGUUCAACCUCACGCACGUGCCAGAGCCCGCCAUCCACCAGGCCUUCCAGCACCUGCUCCAGUCCCUCAGAGCCCCCAGCGCAGACCUGGACCUGAGGAUGGGGAGUGUCCUCUUCCUCAAAAAGGAGCUGCAGCUGCAGGCAAAUUUCUUGGACAACAUCAAGAGGCUGUAUGAAUCCAAAACCUUUUCUAUAGAUUUCUCAAGCACCUCCACUGCCCGGGAGAAGAUCAACAGCUAUGUGGAGAGGGAGACCAAAGGGAAGGUGGUAGACUUAAUCCAAGGCCUUGAACCUCUGACAGUCAUGGUCCUGGUGAACCACAUUUUCUUUAAAGCCAAGUGGGAAAAGCCCUUUAACCCUGGCUCUACAAGGAAGAGCUCCCCAUUCCUGGUGGGCAAGAAGACCACUGUGAAGGUCCCAAUGAUGCACCAGGUGGAAGAGUUUGCCUUUGGAGUGGACCCAAAAGUGGACUGCUCUGUGCUGCGGAUGGACUACGGUAGACACACCGCAGCCUUCUUUGUCCUCCCUGGCGAGGGCAAGAUGAGGCAGCUGGAACAGGCCUUGUCAGCCAGGACACUGAGGAAUUGGGGCCACUUACUCCAGAAAAGGUGGAUAGAGGUGUUCAUUCCAAAAUUCUCCAUUUCUGCCUCCUAUGACCUAGAAACCAUUCUCCCAAAGAUGGGCAUCCAGGAUGCCUUUGAUAAAAAUGCUGAUUUUUCCGGAAUUACGAAGAGAGACUUCCUGCAGCUUUCCAAAGCCGCCCACAAGGCCGUGCUGGACGUCAGCGAGGAGGGCACAGAAGCCGCAGCGGCCACGGCCACCAAGCUCAUAGUCCGCUCGAAGGACGGCCCCUCUCACACCGUCGUCCGCUUCAAUCGGCCCUUCCUGCUGCUGCUGAUCAACAGAGCCACAGAGGCCAUUCUCUUCCUUGGGAAAGUUGAAAAUCCCACGAAAUUCUAGGUGGAAACUUCCUGCUGACGGAGUCCACAUUGAAAACUGCCAGGAAAUAAACCGUGUUGUGAUGAUCUCA